AUGGAUUCAUGUUGGUUCGACGUUGAUGAGACUUCGGUCGAUGGUCGAGACGACAUCGAGGGGCUGGAUGCUACAGCUGCACACAUAGCGAACCUACUUUCGUCCGAGCCUUCUGAUGUGAAGGUUGGGAUCGGCGGCUUCAACAUGGGUGCAGCAGCCUCCCUGCACUCGGCAGCAUGCUACGCCCACGACAAAUUCAGCAGCGGCAUCCCCUACCUGAUCACGCUCAGCGUGGUCGUCAGCUUGAGCGGUUGGCUCCCUUGCUCAAGGACGCUGAGGGGCAAGAUGGAGGACUCACACAUGGCAGCAAGAAGAGCCAGCUCCCUUCCCAUCCAGCUCAGCCAUGACAGGGCGGACGAGGUCGUGCCCUACAGGAACGGCGAGCGGUUGACCGACUUCCUGCGCUCCUCGAUUGUAUAUAUAUAUACUCAGCAAAUGCAGAUCUUUGUGAAGACGCUCACCGGCAAGACCAUCACACUAGAGUUCAUGGACAGCAACAGCUUCACGACACCGUUGCAGCAGCAGGUAGAGGAGGAGGAGCAGUACCAUUUCCCAACCUCGACGCUGCAGUCUCUUUUCUGUAUAUCUGAUGUGAUUGUCACAAUUCUGGAACAGAACAUUCCAUACACCUAUCCAUUUUAG